AUGGAGAAAAAAGCCCCAAAUCCUGUUGGGAAAAAACUGAAACCCCAAAAGAUGAAAGCGAGCGUCGACCCCGUCAGAAACUUCGAGAAAUGGAAGAAAAAGUACAACCGGACCAAAGCACGAGUGAAGCAAGAGAGGGCGCAGAAGAAGAAGCCCGAGUGGCAGGUAGAACGAGAGUACAUCGAUAAGCUGGUGAGCAGGUAUGGAGAAAUCAACCUCAAGGAGGUUGUCAAGUUCUCAGACUUCCCCAUUUCUAAGAAGACCUUGCUGGGCCUGCAGGAGGCUCAGUAUCGGCAGCCCACGGAGAUCCAGCGGCAGACCAUCGGCUUCGCUCUGCAGGGGAAAGAUGUUCUCGGUGCGGCUAAAACUGGCUCCGGUAAGACUUUAGCCUUUCUCAUACCGGUCCUGGAGUGUCUCUACCGCCAGCAGUGGAGCUCCAUGGACGGCCUCGGUGCUCUCAUCAUCUCUCCCACCCGAGAGCUCGCCUACCAGACCUUUGAAGUCCUGCGCAAGGUGGGCAGGAACCACGAGUUUUCUGCAGGGCUCAUCAUCGGCGGGAAAGACCUGAAAAGCGAGUGUGAGCGGAUUCACCGCACCAACAUUGUCAUCUGCACCCCGGGCCGACUCCUCCAGCACAUGGAUGAAACUGCCAGCUUCCACGCGUCCGACCUCCACAUGCUGGUCCUGGAUGAGGCAGACCGCAUCCUGGACAUGGGCUUCGCAGAUACGCUCAAUGCCAUUGUGGAGAAUCUCCCCAAGUCCCGGCAGACUCUACUGUUUUCUGCCACGCAAACCAAAUCAGUCAAAGACCUGGCCCGGCUCAGUCUCAAAGAUCCGGAGUAUGUGUGGGUGCACGAAAAAGCCAAGUUCAGCACGCCAGCCACGCUGGAGCAGAACUACAUCGCGUGUGAGCUCCACCAGAAGGUCAACAUGCUCUACUCAUUCAUCAGGAGCCAUCUAAAGAAGAAGAUCAUAGUCUUCUUCGCCUGCUGCAAGGAGGUGCAGUACCUGUUCCGAGCUUUCUGCCGUCUCCGGCCAGGCAUGCCCAUCCUGGCUCUGCAUGGAAAACAGCAGCAAAUGAAGCGGGUGGAGGUGUACAACGACUUCCUCAAGAAGCAAAACGCUGUGCUUUUUGCCACCGACAUAGCUGCCAGAGGCCUGGACUUCCCUGCCGUCCACUGGGUGCUGCAGUUUGACUGUCCAGAGGACGCCGACACGUACAUCCACAGGGUGGGCCGGACGGCCAGGUACAAGGAGGGUGGAGAGGCCCUGCUGCUGCUGCUGCCCUCGGAGGAGAAAGGCAUGGUGAAGCAGCUGGAGGAGAAGAAAGUUCCCAUCAACAAGAUACAAGUGAACCCAGACAAACUGCAGAACGUGCAGCAGAAGCUGGAGGCCUUCCUCGCUCAGGAGAAGGAGCAGAAGGAGCGAGCACAGAGGUGUUUUGUUUCCUACCUGCGCUCGGUGUACCUCAUGAAGAACAAAGAGGUGUUUGAUGCCUUUAAGAUCAAGCUUCACGAGUACGCUUUGUCCCUCGGCCUCGCUGUGGCCCCGAGGGUUCGCUUCCUGAGUAAAGCUCAGGCACAGAAAGUAGAGAAAGAAGAAGAGGAGUCUGAGGAAGAAGAGGAGCUGCGGAGAUUUAAGGCCCAGCUGAAAGGAGAGGUUUCUCGUGAGGAGCAGCAAAACUCAGAGUCCAGUGAGGACGAGGACGGUGGUGAUGAAGGAGGUUUGGAUACGUCCAAGACAUUAACCGUGAGCGCAGGUGACGCAGGUGACGCUGAUGACGACGAUGAUCUACGAGACUUGGACCUGCUGACAGUCAAACGAAAGGAUGUGUUUAACCUGACGGAGGAUCAGCAGAGUCCAGAGGAUCCUGAAGACGACCCGAAAAAGAAAACUGAGAAGGAGACGAAGUACAAAGAAGCUAAAAAGAUCCUCAAGAGGAAGUUUCAGGUAAACACCAAAGUGACUUUCAGUGAAGAAGGUGAGGCUGUGCAGCUUUGGCCACCCGUCCAGCAAGCAGUGACUGCUGAGGAUGAGGGGGAGGAGGAAGAGGACGCUUCGGGAAUCAGUGUGGAAAAGGCUCGGGAGAGGCUGAAGCGGGAAGAUCAAGAGUUCGAUAAGCAGGAGUACAGCCGCAAGGUGAAAGCCAAACACCGAGAGAAGAGGUUGAAGGAGAGGGCUGCCAGGAAGGAGGCAAGCAAGCGCGACCAGGGCCAAUCAGACGAGGAGGACGAGGUCGUGGCCUACCUGGCCAAUGACAGCGAGGACGAGUUUGACCCCAGUACCCUGCCAGAUCCCGACAAAGUGCACUCGUCGUCUUCGUCGUCAGAGGAUGAGGAGGACGAGAUGGAAAUGGGGUCGUCUAAACGGCAGCACAGCAGUGAAGAAGAGGAGGAGGAGGACAGCGAAGAGGAGGAUGAGAAGCUUACAGCAGGAAAGAGGAGGAAAGUGAGCGACGAAGAUGAUGAGCACACAGCUCUGGACACUGGUCUCUCUUUGGCAGAGGAUGAAGAGUUAGUCUUACAGUUGCUGGGUGGACGAAGGUAGAGGCGACGCGAAGAGACCAGAAUGAUUCAGUCAGUUCUGAUGACGAGUUCAAGCUGGUUCAGUCUGACCAGUUUUUACUCUGCAGUGCAAACGUGCAGCUGACGGUUCAGAGGCCUCGAAUCACAAACUGACAUCAAACGUUAUCAGGACCGAUCGCAUUGGCUGUGAAAGAAACACACUGCUGAAUGUUGCCCCGUCCUGAUUGGCUUACACAAGAACAGAGUCAUAGCAAAGAGACAAACAUGCUCCAGUUGGUCAUAUUAGAGCACAUUAGAAAAAAUAAAAGCUCACUUUGAGGCAGAAGUUGUGACCCAGCUAUUCAAAACAGAAGAAAGAUGGCGGCGUGCCAUUAAUGUGGAACUUUCCUGUAAAACAGUCAAUUCCCAUUUGUAAUGCAAACAUUACUGAAGGUCCUGCAGAGGGACAAUGAGUGCAUCUUUAUUUUACAUGUAUUAUGUUUAAACUGUUGUGGAUUUGAAAUCACUUCUACUUUUCCCCAAGUGGCUAAAGUGGCCUUUAGGCUGCUGAGGUUAAGACCAGGUCAUUGUGUUGUUGCUCUCAUCGUGGGAUAAAACCGUUUCUGGAAGGUAGUCGGUGACUUUUCAACUGAAAACCAAACAGGAAGUUGUUUUCUGAUGGCACUGACGUGGAAAAUAUGCCCACAUUAGUAUCUGCGGGGGGAUCAUUUUUAAUCACUGUCCACUGUUAAAUGUGAACAGGUUAGCUCCACGAUGCCAGAGCUGCUGAUGAGGACGAGCGGCGCCUGGUUGGCAUCGUUGGGGAGCUGUGUUUCUCCAAAAGGACUGAACAGCUCAGUUAAUGCACCGAUGUUUCCAUGUGGCUCCCUGACUCAGCCCUGCAAUCGUGGCCCCUUCCUCCCUGUGCUCCCUCCAACCUUCUGCCUUCAUGUCAGAGGGACUGAACUUAUUUAAUGAUCCAUGAAUAUAAUUUCAUGUCUGAGAGUCACAACUUUGACUUGUCUGAUUAUUGAGUUAUGCUAUUAAAAUAUUUGUAAUCAUUGAA